CAGGCACUUGGCCAUUAUGUUCGACGGGUAUCUUGAGGACUAUGAACAUGCCCGAGAAGAGGCACUCAAGGCCAUCGACGAGUAUGCGCGCGCCUCCGAUCCAACCAAGCGCGAGGAGCUCGUGGUGACUGCGAAAACUUGCGUUGACGAAGUCGAACGAUUCAUUCGCAUUUUGGAGACUGAAGCGAAAAACGGCUCGACACCUGCAGCGAAGAGGAAGAGAAUGGAACAAGUGCGCAACUGUCGAACCAAAUGGACAACUUUGAAGAGCUCGCUGGAGAAGGAAAUCUUGGUGGGCGACGCUCGUGUCGGAACAUCGCCCGAUUCCUGGAAGGAUGCCAGCACGUUAGAGCAAAUGGAACGCUGCGCCGAACGCGUCGACAGAAAUGCUCGUCAUUUGGAUGAAGCGCAACGCACCCUGGCCCAAACGGAAGCAAUCGCGGAGAAUGUCGGUAACAACUUGAUGCAGCAGCGCAAUCAACUGGAGCAUACGGAGCUAAACGUCGCACAAACGCAAGAAGACACCGAUGAAGCGAAGGGUCACAUCCGAUCCAUGGCGUGCAAGGCAUUGACCAGUCGAAUUUUGCUGUUGCUGGUGAUAUUGGGCCUUGCUAUCGCCAUCGUGCUGGUUUCGUACUACAAGUGGUAUCCGCGCAACAAGAAGGACUAUUUGGGCAUUUUGCCUGGGUCGGGUAACUCUACUUCCGGUAGCACUGGAUAA